AUGACGGGCCAAUCUGCUGCAGUGGAGGGGGGCAAAUCUGGACUCCCGUGGUACCGCUUCGGCUUCCACACGCUUGCCGAGUUCAACACAUUCGUUACAUUCGUGCUGCUCGGCAUGUCCAUCAUGAUGGUGACGAGCGCUGUCACAUCUGCACCUGACUUUGUCACCAAGUACUUCAUCUUCGCCACCGGCGACCCAGAUGCGGCUGCGGAGACGCCGCUGUUCUGGACUCACGCGAAUACCUUCUACAAUGCCGGCACGUACGCUAUGCAGGUCGUUACUGAGAUCGUUUCACUGACUCCGUUCAUGCGCUCGAUUCCGCUCGGCAUUCGUCUUUUCCUGGGCCUUGGCAUCCCAUUUGUGGAGCUGGUGAUCAUCAUCGCCGUGCCGGCCGCGACCAUCCCAACGCAGAACGGCGCGAUUGCAGUGAUCAUGAUGGUGGCGGUGAUGGGUGGCUUCUCCAAGGCGCUAUGUGACUCGUGCACGAACGCUCUUGUCGGCCCCUUCCCGACCAAGUUCAUGAACGGCGCGCAGUGGGGUUUGACCGUGGUUGCACUCUUCAUGUCGAUCAUCCAGAUCAUCCUGCAGGUGUCUAUGGGGUCAACGUUCCAAGACGUGCUCACCAUCUCCCGUAUCUACUUCGGUAUUGGAAUCGGUAUUCAGAUGAUGGCUAUUGUGGCGCUCUUCUUUUUGCGCUACAACCCGUUCGCGCUGAAGUACAUUGCUGAGUUCCGUGCUGCUGCGCUGCGCCGAGGUGGCCAUGUGGAGAUGGAGGAGUCGCAGGACAGCAAAGAGCCCGCGACGGGCGAUGUCGCGGAGACACACAAGACGGGAGACAAGGAGGUCACCCUUGAUGAGAUGGAGGAGACGGAUGAGGUGCGCGCGGUGAACGCUGAGGUGCUCGCUGCCAAGAGCGGCGCGGUGCUCCAGGCGACUGGCGAUGCUGAUCGGAUGGUGGACCUGGAUCAGACGAAGAACAUAACGUCGACAGAGCAGAUGCUUCGCGCCUCCGUGUGGUCUGUGUUCAAGCGCAUUUACCCGAUGCUCCUGUGCGCCUUCACCAUCUUUUUCAUGACUCUGCUGCUCUUCCCUGGCGUGUUCUUCUUGGUGCCGGCGCGCAGCGGCUGGUACAUGACUAUCAUUGUGUUACUGUUCAAUGCGGGCGACUUUGUGGCGCGAGUUCUCCUGAUGAUCCGUGUGCUGCGUCCGUCGCCGAAGGCCGUCAUUGGUGGCACUUUUGGCCGUCUCGCUGUCGUUCCGCUGCUCGUGCUGUGCGUGCGCGGCAUCAUCCCCGGUGUCGCUCUGCCGUAUAUCCUUAUCUUCGUGUUCGGGCUGACUAACGGCUACUUCGGUACGAUGUCGUGCAUUCACUGCCCGCGCACGCCGACGCUGCACUACGCCGGCGAGCGCUCUGUGGCUGCCAUGCUGUCGGGUAUUGCUCUGAUGCUGGGUCUGUGCUUCGGCUCCAACAUGUCUCUUGCCAUUACCCUGACCUACUAA